UUCGGGUGGAAUGUUGUUGGAAAAAUCGUUCAACUUUCCGGUAAAUAUCCGGAAACACCGUUCCGUUUUCUGAGACACGGGUUCCUUCAACGGGACGACAACUCAAGGACCAUCUUUUCGACAAACCCGCACACUCGCUGACGCGACGAAGACAAGAACGACUGCGCCGUCCGCCUGGCGUGCUGUGGAAACGCGUGCGGGGGCAGCGUCCGUGGAUCGAAGUCCCAGUAAGUCGAUUCCUCUUCCAAUGAACAAGGCAUGCCACCGCGAUGGAGCUGAGAGUACAUGUAUAUCACUCGAACCGCAGUGACCCCCGACGGCAUGGGCGUCAUGUCAACCCUGGACAGCAUCGUUGACUUGAGAUGGGGAAGAGAAGGUGCGACGGCAAGUGCUUACGUGAGAAGUUGUAUCAUGCCGAUCGACCAGCAGGAUCGAGCAAAGCAUGUGGUGUCGAAUGUGGGGUUGUCUCCGGACGUCGUGAGAAAGAACUCAAAGGAUUCGGAACUGAAAGCGUUGGGGAGUGGCAUGCCAUGGUCCAUGAACACACGAUCAAUGUUGUGGAGCAUUCGCCUAGUGAUCCAUUCCUUCCCAAGUGCUCGAGACCGCGGGUGUGAUGGAAGAUGCGCGAGUCUCCAUGUGGGGAUGUGGCCAUUUAAGGGCUUCUACAUGCACAAUUGUUAACGCGGUCGUGAAGUGGCUGUCCGAUUACUUACCGGGAUGGAAGCAUGCACGGCGACCCAGCGCUGCAUGUCACGUGCCAACGCUUCGUACUCAAGCACAUCAGCUUUAAGUUGAUCUUGUUCUGUCGUGGCUUGCCGUCGUAGGUCAUUGAGAGCGCGCGCAACUUCUUUCCAAGGCAGCUCCAAUGUAAACGCCGGACGCGGCGAAAUACGAGUUGCGAGGUUCUGGAGUUCGGCUUCGAGUCUUUCCUGCAGCCCCUUCAAGUACACGACCUCCAUCUUGCGGUCCUUCUUGUAUUGGCGCAUCAUGUUCCUCAUGUAAGUUCGGCGCUUGAGCUUGCGCUCCAUGAGUUCCUGCGUCGCCACAUCAUCCUCCAUCAUCACGCGUUCAAGAAACUUUGGAAAUGAUUUUUUCACCCAAUCAAGUGUACCCAAUGCGCACCCAUUCCAAUGCAACAAUGACCGAUCCACAAGACCAGUGACUAGUAG